AUAAGUUUUAACGUGACGGAUUGAUUUUUCGCGUCUUGUUUCAGCGGAUUUCUACACAUUCUAUAAAUCUGUGCGAUAGAAUCCACCCCUCGUUGGAGAAGUCCUGGAACCAACUCAGUGAACGAUGUCGUUGUUUAAAAAGCCGAAAAAGACUAUACAACGUCGCGUUUUUAGUGCGUGUGAAGAUGAAAGUGGUCCAGAACACAACCCACCAACCGAUGAAAAGAAUAAACAAGAAGAUUUGGCGAUUAGUUUCGCUAAACCAGAGAAAAAAGACAAGGAAAAGAAAAAGGAUAAGAAAAGCAAAUAUGAUGAUACUAAAACAAAGUCGUCCUUGCUAAGUUUCGCCGAUGAUGAAGAAGAAGAUGGUGAAGUUUUUCAAGUAAAAAAAUCGUCGCAGAGUAAAAAAAUGAUGAGGAUGCUGGAUAAGGAGAGGCGAAAGAAAAAAUCAAAAGAGGAAAAACAAUUUAAUGGUGAUAAUACUCAAAGUAAUAAUGAGUCGUCCGCUCUGGCUCAAAAUAAUAAUUGCGAUAGUAUCCAAACUGAAAUUCGCACAGACGACUUUGUGUUGGUCGUCAAGAAAUCUGAACCCGAAAAUGUUAUCCUCAACGGUCGUGCUGCACUCUGUGCUGGAAAAGAUGACAUGUCGUCCGAAGAAGACGAAUCUGCAACUACUCACAAAUUUUCGAAGCCUGACAAUUUCAAAUUAGUUUUAGAAAGCGGUUCAAUACCUGACGCUGCUAUGAUACAUGCAGCGAGAAAACGGCGACAAAAAGCUCGCGAGCAAGGUGACUUUAUCCCAAUAGAGGAAAAUAAAGAUACUGUGAAAAAAGGUAAACGUCUCGUCCAUGAGGACGGAGAUGAUGAUGGAUCUGAGGAGGAGAGGGUAGAUAUGAAUGCUAUCACCGGAGCUAAAGAAAGAGAGGAGCGAAGAGAGAAGUUUUAUUCUGUUCAGCAAGAAUGUUCAGGCGACGAGUCAGAUGCUGAAAUGAAUGAAUGGGAAAAUCAACAAAUACGUAAGGGUGUUACGGGAGCACAGUUGGUCACAGCACAACAGGAGUCUGUUCUAUCACAAUUCAUAAUCAAGACGGCAAGUUCUUAUGAUGAUUCCGCUCCAAAAUCAACAGCCAGCCUUUUGGAACAAGCGUACGCUAAAAGCAGUUUGGAAAAACCUAGGCAAAUUUUGAUUUCUAACCAAAAAUCUGAGGUUAAGUCAAGCAGUUUAAGAACGCCAGCAGAAAUCACGGAUAUAUUGCGCAAUCGGUUAUCCCAAAUUCGCGAGCUCCAUCAAAAACACAAGGAUUCUGUUGACAGUAUCUCUAGCGAAUUAAAGACAUUAAAACUUAAUACAUUAGAUUAUGAACAAAAGGCUCCAAUUGCAGCUACAAAAUAUCGAUUCUAUCAAGAAUUACGAGGGUAUGUCACUGACUUGGUUGAAUGCCUUGAUGAAAAGGUGCCGCAGAUAAAUGAUUUGGAGAAGCGGUCUAUGGCAGUUCUUUCGAGGCUUGCUAUGUUGCUUAUAGAGAGGCGCCGACAGGAUGUAACAGAUCAAGCCAAAGAAGCUUCUGAAGCAAGCAAACCAGCUUCAGCUCGCAAGGCACAAGAAGAUGAGGAGCAUAUACGAAGAGCUGCUGAACGUGAGGGCAGAAGAACCCGAAGAAGAUGUGAUCGUGAAAAAAACAAUUUCGUCAAUAUACAUUUGGAUGGUAUGUCUAGCGACGAUGAACUUCCCGAUCAGGAAUUGAGUCAAUAUAAAAACAGUUUAGAUCGAAUUGAGGUUGAAGCGAGUGAUUUGUUCGAAGACGCUUGUGAUGACUUUUAUAAGAUAGAAAAUAUUUUGAACAAAUUUAAUGUUUGGCGACUAACUGAUAUGGAGUCUUAUAAGGAUGCAUUUGUUAGUUCAUGUUUGCCAAAGUUAAUUGGUACUUUGGUCCGUGUUGAAAUGGUGCUUUGGUAUCCAUUAAAUGAAAGCUAUCAAGAGAUUGAGAAGAUGGAGUGGUAUUCUACGUGCAUGAGGUUUGGGUAUUCCAAGGAUGAAAGUGAAGAAUCAUUAAGUUCUGAUCCCGAUUUAAGACUGGUGCCGUCGAUAAUAGAAAAAGUUGUACUACCCAAACUUACAGAAAUUAUCGAGAACUGCUGGGAUCCAUUGUCGAGUUCACAGACCCUACGAAUUAUUGGAUUGAUUCGGCGACUGGUUAGAGAUUACCCUUCUUUGAAAUCCAGUUCUAAACAUAUGCAGACCUUAUUUACUGCCAUUUUGGAUAAAAUUAAAGUUUCACUCGAUAGUGAUGUUUUUAUUCCAGUUUUUCCAAAACAGUUCCAGGAAGCCAAGACAUCUUUCUUUCAACGUCAAUUUUGUAGUGCUUUAAAGUUAUUUAGGAAUAUACUGAGUUGGCAAGGAAUUGUAGCCGAUCGUCCACUGAGAGAACUUGCAAUCUCUUCAUUGCUUAACAAGUAUUUGCUGUCAGCGAUGCGGGUUUGCACUCCAAAUGAUGCUGUUACAAAGGCGUAUAUCAUUGUUAAUACAUUACCCACGGCAUGGCUACAACCCGAAUCUGAAGUUCUGCAAAACAGCUUGCAAUUACUCGUGUCGUUUCUCAAGCACUUUGUGGGUACAUUAGAUAGAAGGAAUGUUUUACAAAUAGAACCUUAUGAUAAGGCGAAGCAAAUACUUCAAAGGCUGCAUGUUUAUUAAGUAAUCGUUUUCAUUCUUUCAUAAUUUAACAUUUAAGUGUACAUUGAUACUUUAACUCUUUGUAAUAAAAGCAAUAGGAAUCAAGUAAAAA